UUAGUUUUCCGUAAUAUUAAAUUCUAGCAGGCAGAAGAUUUGUUGCUCAGUCAUAAUUCCGAGUUUUGACCCCUCCACUCCUUCCCUUGGCCCCUUUAUAUAUAUAAGCAGCAUACCAACAACAACCACCAUGAUCAAAAUCAUCUUUCCAUGAAAAAUUCUUAAAUUCCGAAAUCUUUCUAAUCAAUACACAAGAAAAGAACAAGAAGAAAGAUACAGAGAUUUUUAUUUUUUUUAAUCAUCAAAAAUGAAGAUGAAGAUAUUUUCGUUUCUACCGAAAUCGGCAACUGUUACAUUUCAACAGAAUCCGGCUCCAUAUAGUCCAGGUAGAGAAAACAACCACAAGCUCAAGUCCUCCCAUGUAAACAAAGGAUUUUCAGGUCAGUUAAUUCCAGAUGAAGCUCGGAGGAAAUCGUCUUCUAAUGAUAGAAGUUUUGAUUCAACUCAAGAACCAACUUCACCAAAAGUUUCAUGUAUGGGUCAAAUUAAACUCAAGAAAAAAGUGUAUAAUUCUAAGUCUCCUAAUAAAGAAGAACAGGAUCAUCAAAAGAAGAUCAAGAAAAGGACCAAGAACAAGGAGAAUAAACCAUCCAAAACUAGUGAAGAACUACCUGCAACAGCUUCUUCUAAAGUUUCAAAAGCAGAGAACAAGAAGAAAUUUGAUUCUAUGGUUUCUAAUAAUAAGAAACAACAACCAUCUCUAGCUAAUACUAAAGCUGCUCCAAGUUUAGAUCAAAUGAAGCGAUUCGCUAGCGGUCGAGAAUCAUUAGCAAAUUUUGAUUGGAGAGAUUUCCAUGGUGAUGAUGGUCAAGAAGAUGAAGUUUUUAUUGCACAUUCUGCUCCUUUAAUGAUGGGUGGAGGUGGAAAAGUUGCUAUGGAACCUAAGAAAGAAAUUAAUCUUUGGAAGAGAAGAACUACUACUCCUCCUAAACCUCUUCAAAUCAGUGUUACAAACAAAGACAAGUAAAACCAUUUAUAUUCUCUUAUUUAGUUUUUAUUAAUGUUGUUAAUAAUUUUGUAACUAGAAUUGAAAUCUAUUUUACAUGAGAUGUUCAUACGCAAACUUUGAGCAAGGUUGAUUUAAACGAAGGAUUUGGAAGUUCUAGUCAAUGACUCAAUUUUAGCCAAAGAUUGAAUAUUAAACGAGUUAGGUUGUUAAUUACUUAA